AGUCAAGUAGUAGUAGUGGUAGUGAUAAUUUCUAAUUUUUGUGGGGGUGGGUGGGGGUUUUGAUUAGAUUUGUGAUGCGCUCAGGAGGAUUUACAAGCAGCACUAGCAGUAGCAGUAGUACUACCGGAGGGGGAGUACUAGAGCAGACCCUCACGGCGGAGGCUGCGACGGUGCUUAAGCACUCCCUCACCCUCGCCCGACGAAGAGGCCAUGCCCACCUCACUCCUCUCCACGUCGCCGCUACUCUCCUCUCCUCUUCUCGCCACCGCUCCUCCUCUCUCUUCCGAACCGCCUGCCUUAAUUCUCCUAUUACUACUACUACUACUACUAAUCAUAUUCCUCCCCUCCAAUGCCGCGCUCUUGAGCUCUGCUUCAACGUCGCUCUCAACCGCCUUCCCUGCACGAAUUCCACCUCCACCGCUCCUCCGAUCCACCACCAUUACUACCACCACCCUUCUCUCUCCAACGCCCUCAUCGCCGCUCUCAAGCGGGCCCAAGCCCACCAGAGAAGGGGCUCCAUCGAACAACAACAACAACAACACCACCACCACCCCCAGCAGCAGCCUCUUUUGGCCAUCAAAGUCGAGCUCGAAAGCCUCAUCAUCUCCAUUCUUGAUGACCCGAGUGUCAGUAGGGUUAUGAGAGAGGCUGGCUUCUCUAGCACUGCUGUCAAAACCAGCCUUGAAAACUAUUAUUAUAACACCAAUACCUCUUCUUCUUCUUCUUCUUCAACUUCUUCUCCUCUUACCUAUUUCCACUACUAUAAUCAUAACAAUCCUUCUGGUGGUAUUUUCUCUUCUCCUUCCUCUCCUGAUCAUCAUCAUCAUCUCCCAAGUUUAAGUUUUAUAUGGCCCCACAACAGUAAUAGUAGUAUUCAUGAGUAUCGCCAAAACAGCCCUUUUCAUCUCUUCUCCACUCCCGCUACUAGCUCCACUACUGCCUUUGUCAAGGAAGAGGAUGUGAAGUUGGUUCUUGAGGCGCUUUCGAGGAACAAUAACACAGUGAUCAUGAAAAGGAGAAACACCGUCGUUGUAGGCGAUUCCGACGCCAUAACCGAAGGCGUGGUCGCGGAGCUCAUGCGGAGGUUUGAGAAAGGAGAGGUUCCUCAUCAGGAGCUGAAACAGACGCGCUUCUUGAAACUGUUGGAAUUUUUCUCGCCGGUUUCUUCUUUGAGGCUCAUGAAGAGACAAGACGUCGAAAACGGCUUGUUGGAGCUCAAGACAAACCUUCGUCAACAUCAUCAUCAUCAUCAAGGAUCGUCUGUCAUAAUAUACACAGGAGACCUCAAAUGGACGGUCCAUGAUGAUGAUCAACAACAUCAUGAUCAUCCUGCAGUACCUAAAUACAGCCCAGUUGAUCAUCUGGUUGAGGAGAUAGCUGGGUUAGUUAAUUACAAUCAUGAUGAUGAUGAUGAUGAUCAUAUCAUGAAUAAAAAGGUGUGGAUAAUGGGGAGCGGAAGUUAUCAGACAUACAUGAGAUGCCAAAUGAGAAAACCUCCUCUUGAGAUUCAGUGGUCUCUUCAAGCUGUUUCUGUUCCUUCCUCAGCUGGUCUUGGUUUGACCCUUAAUCAUCAGCCCCCUAAUCUACUUAAUUAUUCCAGUGUCCACGAGUCAAGGAUAAUGUUCUCCUCGCAAGACCAGUCUCAUCAGAAUAAUGCGGUGGAUACAAAGCCCAGCUUGUUCAUGUUGAGCUCCAAAUUAGAUUGUGAAGAUCAACAACAAAACAACAAAAGCAACAACGACAACAACGACAAGGUCAUGAUCAGUUUAAUGUGCUCAGAAUGCUCUUCACACUUUGAAAAAGAGUCUCAACAGCUGCUGCUCAAAUCAGGCCACCACAAUUUGCCUGCAUGGCUCCAACCACAUGGGACCCACCAUCAUCAAAUUAUGGAUGAUCAAAUGGUUGAGCUGAAGAAAAAGUGGAGUAGAUUGUGUCAUAGUGUACAUCAAGGUGCGAGGCAUAACGAUACGUCUCAAAUCAGAGCAAUCAGCUCAUUACUUAGAAAGAGCUACUCAUCAUCUUCAUACCCAUGGUGGCCUACACAGAGCAACAACAGCAUCUUAUUCCAAGACUCAAACUCCAAUAUCUCCUUUGCCGAUCAUCCGUCGCCGCAUCCCGACCUUGUUCCCCGUUUCCGGCGGCAGCAAUCGUCCACUACUAUUGAGUUCAAUUUCGGCGGCAGCGAGACUCGAAAGCAUGAUCAACAAGCAGAACUAGAACCAAGUGAAUUGGGCAAGGAGGUGAAGAUUACACUUGGUCUUGGCAAUAUUUCUUUGUUCUCUAAUGAUAAAGAGUUGGGGAAAGUGGAAAGAGGUGAAUUGUGUAGGGUUUUGAAGGAGAAUGUGCCUUGGCAAUCAGAAACCGUUCCUUCAAUUGUGGAAGCUAUGAUGGUCUCCGAAUCGGGGACCCGGGAGAUCACUUGGCUGCUGAUCCAUGGCAAUGACUCGAUAGGGAAAAGGCGGCUUGCCUGCGCCGUGGCUGAAUCGGUUCUUGGCUCUGCCCAUAUGCUCAUCCACUUGAAAAGAAAAGGAGACGGAAAUGUUGGAGGGAGAUGCCAGGAAUCGGACAUCGAAAUCAUCACGAAUGCCCUAAAGUCCCACAAGAAAAUUGUGGUGCUAGUUGAAGACAUUGAUUCAGCGGAUGCCCAGUUUAUGAAAUUCCUAUCUGAUGGUUUUGAGACUGGAAAAUUUGGUGGACAAGUGAAGAAGAAAGAAGCAAAUUUAGGCCACGCAAUACUUAUUCUGACUAAAGAAGCCGAAUUUGCGGGACCCGUAAGUGACGUGAACAACAAGGAAUCUGUUGUAAUUCAAAUGACACUCAACAUUAGUACUGAAGCCAAAACUAGAGUUACUGGUACCAAUUUUGAGGCGCUCAAUUUGGAUCGCAAGCGAAAGGCGGUAGUCGCAGACUGGGAGUUGCCCAAGAAAUCGAAGAAUUUGAGGACCGACGCGGAAAACAAGGGAUUCAACGACAAUGUCGACCUUGACCUGAACGUUAUGGCGAAAGGCGACCGAGAAGAAGAAGAAGAAGAAGAGGAGAGUGAAGAAAAUAAGCCCGGGGAGGUGAGCCCGGUUUCGAGCGACUUGACCAGGGAAACCGAGAGCGUGUCAAACCCUGGCGCGUUCAUCGAGUCCAUUGAGAAUGCGUUCACAUUUGACCGGAGCCCGGCGCGUGACCGGGAGAUGGAACAAGUUUUCCAAGGAAAGAUGGAGAAAUGUUUUGAGGAGAUAAUUAGUGGGGAACAAAUUAAUAUGGUUAUAAGGUUUAGGUUGGAAGAUAGAGUGUUAGAGGAGGUUUGUAAUGGGUGUGGUUAUUUUACAAAUAGUUUGUUUGAGAAAUGGGUGAAAGAGGUCUUUGAAAAGGCCAUAAAAAAGGUUAGGCUUAGUAGUGGGAAGGAACAAAAGGGUGGUUUGGUGGUUAAUGUAAGGCUAUGUUUGGGUGGUGGCAAUUUAGAAGAGGGAUUCAUUUUGGAGGAUGGGUUUAUGGGUUCAUGUCUUCCCAACAAAAUCCAACUUUUCUACAAGGACUGAAUGUGGCUUUAUCCCCCCCACCAACCAAAAAAAAACAUGCCCUUCUAACUU